GCAGUUUUCAGAGAGCUCCUGCAGGGACAGAGUGGAGAGGAUGUGGCUCUUUUUGCGCACCGGGCUUUCCACUUUUUACUUUCCUCGCUGCCUCUUCAGAUUGAUUGAUUGAUUGAUUGAUUGAUUGAUUGAUUGAUACAUGCUCUAACAUAUUGACUGUGACUUCCGUGGACUUAUCGAUCGUCUGCCUCACAGGGGAAACCUAUCGUGGAUUGGUUUGAGGUGUAACAGCGGGAGCGACAUGAGCGCAGGGACACAUCCGAGCCUCAGGAUGGACGUACCUAUCAUCAUUCUGCUCAUCCACUUGACACACACUGAGAUUAGAGGGCUGCUGUUCAGCCGGGCGGAAACAGAGACUGGAUGCUCUCUUGGCCAUUUCCCAUGUGGGAACAUGACCGAGUGCCUCCCACAGGCUUUGCAGUGUAAUGGACACAAAGACUGCCCCAACGGAGCUGAUGAGAGGCGGUGUGGGGACAACGUCGGAUGGGCGGACUUAUUUGGCGAAACACUACAGAAUUCCAAUACUGUGGACCAGUACUUCCUAAAUGAGUGUUUCUUGCAGGAGUAUCCAGAGAGUUGUGACUGCAUACAGACAGAUGUCGCGUGCGUGGAGGUGAACCUGCAGGAGGUUCCUCGACUUUCUCCAAACAUUACCUGGCUGUCACUGAGGAGCAAUCAGAUCCGAGUGUUAUCUGAUUCUGUUUUCUCAGAAUACUCUGCCCUAGAGAGACUUUUUCUGCAGAACAACAGCCUCCAACUUAUAUCCAAAGACGCCUUCAGUGGCCUUCACAGUUUAAAGAGGUUGUUUCUCAGUGAGAACUUGGUAUCCUCCCUUAGUCCUGGUGUAUUCAAGGAUCUCCAUCAGUUAGAGUGGCUGAUGUUGGAUCAUAACCCGCUCAGCAUCUUGUCCCAGGAUGCUUUCAUUGGGCUUCAGUCUCUCAUGUACCUAUCCAUGGUUGACACCUCACUGCAACAGCUUCCUCACCCCAGCCUCUGCCAACACAUGCCCGCCUUGGACUGGCUGGAUCUUGAAGGAAACCAGAUUCAAACUCUCAACUACUCGAUCUUGAAGAGCUGCAGCAAGCUUGAAGUUCUAUUACUGAUGGACAACCAGAUCAGAAGAGUUCCUGAAAACACCUUCCAGUCUCUGUGGAAACUGGCUGAACUGAAUCUGUCCACCAACAGGAUAAAGGAGCUGCCGAAAAACACUUUUAAGAACCUCUCCAAGUCCCUCCUUAAACUAAACAUUUCCCACAAUCCGCUUCUCCACAUUCACCCCAGCCACUUCAACCACCUGACACAUCUUCAGUCUCUGGCCUUGGAGGGGAUAGAGAUCCCAGAUAUUCAGACGAAGAUGUUUCUAUCUAUGAAGAACCUCUCUCACAUCUACUUUAAGAAGUUCCAGUACUGCUCCUACGCACCUCAUGUGAGGUCCUGUAAGCCCAACACAGACGGCAUCUCUUCCUUUGAGGACCUGCUGGCCAACAUGGUGCUACGAGUGUCUGUCUGGGUCAUGGCCUUCAUUACCUGCUUUGGCAACAUCUUUGUUAUUGGCAUGAGGUCACUUAUCCGUGCUGAGAACACCCUGCAUGCUGCCUGCAUCAAAGUCCUCUGCUGUGCAGACUGCCUCAUGGGUGUGUACCUUUUUUUCGUGGGAGUUUACGAUGUAAAAUACAGAGGGCAGUACAAUAGGAACGCCCUGCACUGGAUGGAGAGUGUGGAGUGUCGGACCAUUGGAUUCCUGGCCAUGCUCUCCUCAGAGGUGUCUGUUCUCCUCCUGACCUACCUGACACUGGAGAAGUUCCUCGUCAUUGUUUUCCCCUUCAGCGAUCUACGCCCAGGCAAACUUCAGACUUCGGUGGUCCUGGCCUCUAUCUGGUUACUGGGGUUCAUUAUUGCCGCUGUGCCCCUGAUGAAUGAGGAUGUGUUUGGAAACUACUAUGGACGUAAUGGUGUCUGCUUUCCCCUGCACUCUGACAGGCAAGAAAAACCUACUGCCAAAGGAUAUUCCACAGGCAUUUUUCUGGGUAAAUUGAAGAACAUCAGCUCAUUUUACAGUGAAUAUUAAUUUUAGCAAUGUACCGAUGAUGAUUUUUUUUGUUGUAUAGUACCUCAAAUCCUCUUUAUCUAAUCAGUAAAACUGCAGAAACAUUCACACCUAAAGAUAAAAACGUACGUUUCAAGAGCAGCUCAUCACAUUUUAAGUGCCAUUGUUAUACAUCAGGUAACAGAUUGGGCUAUUACACAGCAAACACAAAUGCGCUAUCAACAUUGUAUAAUUAGUCUGAGUUCUUAUUACUCAGUGUUCUCACUGAGGACCCAUGGAAGUCUGUGAUGAAUACAUUACAGGGAUAUUCUGUCUGAGAGGGCGCCAGC